AUGGAUUACAGGCUCAUCCUGUUUGGGCUCUCAGCUUCUUGUACUGGCUGUCAGUGUUGUGCUUCAGGAACAGAGUGCAUCACCACCAGUGGAGUGGUUCAAUGCCUUGACCCCUGUGCCACCUACACUGUGGUGAAUGAUGCAUGGCGUUCAACAGAGAACACGGAUAAUUCAAUCUUACACUGUGACCGAAACAUUGUCUGGAGUGGUUGGUAUCGCUUUUAUAUGGGUCAGACCAGCGCUCGGAUGCCAGAGAAAUGUGUAGCAGAACAAAGAUGUGGAACUCAUGCUCCUUUAUGGAUAAAUGGGGCUCAUCCAGUCCAGCUUAAUGAGAUUGUAACUCGCAAUGUGUUUGGUGCCUGGUCAGGUUCCUGCUUUACUUUUGCCUCAAACACCAUCCAGAUCAAACUUUGUUCAGGAUAUUACGUCUACAAAGUUCAACUACCAAUUUCGUGCAAUCUGGCAUAUUGUACAGCUUCUUGUACUGGCUGUCAGUGUUGUGCUUCAGGAACAGAGUGCAUCACCACCAGUGGAGUGGUUCAAUGCCUUGACCCCUGUGCCACCUACACUGUGGUGAAUGAUGCAUGGCGUUCAACAGAGAAUACAGACCAAACAAUCUUACACUGUGACCGAAACAUUGUCUGGAGUGGUUGGUAUCGCUUUUAUUUGGGUCAGACCAGCGCUCGGAUGCCAGAGAAAUGUGUAGCAGAAGACCGAUGUGGAGCCGAUGUUCCCUUAUGGAUAACUGAGCCUCAUCCAGUCCAGCUUAAUGAAAUUGUAACUCGCACUGUAUGUAACGCUUGGUCGGGUUCCUGCUGCCAUUUUUCCUCACACACUAUCCAGAUCAAAGUUUGUUCUGGAUACUACGUCUACAAACUUCAACAGCCAUCUGCAUGUUGGCUGGCAUAUUGUGCAGAAAUUCCACCCUUCUUAGUACUGGCACAAAGUGAGACCAGCAUCACUCUACAGUGGAGCGCCACCACCACCAGCUUUGUUCUCCAGUAUAACGGCACAGAGACAAACAUCAAUGCCGCACAUGGAGCUGCAACAGUAAUUCACACAGUCUCAUCUCUGACUGCUGGAACUAUAUACACAUUCACUCUCUACACUGUGAUUGGGAAUGUGAGAAACAGUGGACAGCAACUGACAGCUGUCACAGCUCCUCAAAAUGCAGAAGGAUUUCAAAAAUCAGGACAAUAUAAGAGCACCAUCACCCUGCAGUGGAAUAAAAUCAACGACAACACCAGCUUUGUUCUCCAGUCUGAUGGGACAGAGACAAACAUCAAUCCACCAGAUGGAGAUGGACCAGUAACUCACACAGUUUCAUCUCUGAUUCCUAGAACCAAAUACACUUUCAGUCUCUUCUCUGUGUUUGAGAACAUCAGAAGCAGUGGAGUACAACUUGUAGCUUUCCUUGAACCAAGCUACAUUAUUAGAAUGAAACUGCAAUUAAAUUCUCAGACGCUACUGUCAGAUUCAGAGAUGGAAGAUGUUUUAGUAGAGUUCUUAAAAGUUCAUGGUUUAUCACAGUUUUCCCUGAAGGUUCGCAUCAUCUAA